AUGAAUCCACCACUCCCGAAUGAACCAGUACCAACAAGAAAGAUUAAUCACAAAAAGAGUAAACUUCCCCGUUCAAAAGAAUUAAUUAAGAAUACUAAGCAAGUUGACACAAAUGAUAAUAAAGAUACAAUAAAAGAAGAUAAUGGAGUGAUUGAAAAAGGGGAAGAUGAUGGAUGGGAACAUCAUUUCGAUAAUCAAACACAAAGAUUUUUCUUUUAUAACACUAAAACAAAGAUAAAACAAUGGAUAAAUCCAAGAGUUACUUUAAAUGAUGAAUGUAAUCAAAAUUUACCAACAUUUGAACCACCAAAAUUAUCAUUUGAGAUUGAAGAAACCACUCCAUAUGAAUUAGAAUUGAAAAAAUUGAAAAAUGAUUCCAAUUUCCAAAAAUUAUCAACGUUUGAAAAAUAUAAACAAGUUGAAUCAUUGAAAAAGAAAUUUGAAGAUAAUCAAUUAGAUGAUCAAAGCAACUCUAAUAUAACAUCAACUGAAUUACAAAAUGAACUGAAAGAUAUAAAACCUUUUAAAGAUGAUGUUAAUUUUAAUGAUUAUGGUUCAAAAAGUUUAUAUUCACAAGAAUUGAACCAGUCUAUACAUACAUUAAAUAACCAAAAUUCCAAAAAGACCAAUAAGAAUCAAAAUAAAGUAUCAAAACAACAAAUUAAACAAUUUAAAAUCCAAAAAAAUUUGAAAAAACAAGAUAAAUUGAAAAAAUGGUUAGCUGAAUAA